GCCAGUCUAGCAAGAAAACGCAUUAUCCCUCAUCGCUGGGGCAAGACAACUCCCCAAUUAAUUGUCUAUUUGAAGAAAGUGUUGGUUCAUUGGAGUUCAUUCCUUUUUUCUUUUUUAGUGUUGCACAGUUUACAACAGCGGAUAAUAUAACAAGGGUUACACUGGCUGCAGAGUUUUUCCUCAAGCUCAAUCCUCCUCUCCUCUUUGAUCUCGAUUCGAUUGCAGAAGUCGAAGCUAUCACAAAAAUUCCAAUGGAUUCAUUAAGACAGCAAGAACCCCAGCCAUUGCGAUAUAUUCUUCUGUGCCAACAUGAACAAGACGGUCUUUUUGCAAUUGAUCCCCAUUACUUACUGCCAUACAGAGCUCAACACACAUACCAUGUUCUCCCUAAUAAUCUUCGAGGUUACUUUGUCAAUGAAAUUGCAUUUACGUGUCCAAGUCAAUUGCCUCCGUUGAUACAAUUGCUCAGGCAGAGAGCUUCUUGGCUAUCCUUUGUGGAGACAUUUAUGCUUCAUCCUAAGUAUAACUUCACUAAGGAUCCGGAGUUAACGUUUCGUUUCAAAGUGGGACUGCCUUCACAAAACACGUUUGUCGUCAGCCUAAUGCAUCCACUUUGGGAUACACGGGUUGUCGAAGUAACAAUCGACAUAGGUGACCUUGGAGUAUCAGGAGCACGAGUGAGUGGGGCUGUUGUGCCGGAGUAUAUGCGUUGCAUAUUUGAUAAGAAUCCCGACGAGAACAUGGGAAACGAGGAGUGGUUUAAUCCAACGACCAUUCUCUCUAAGACGCUCCAUCUUCCAAUUGCCAUGACAUGGCUCCUCAUUCGACUUGGUUGUCCUGCUACCAAGAUGCUCACUGAACUCUUCCCUUGGAAGGACAGUUCUACUUCUAAAAGGGCAGCCAAAGGGUCUAGCAGCAGCAAAAAGCUCACGCCAGGUCAACAAGCGAGGGAGUUACUGGAUAGAGUUAAAAGCAAACUUCACUUCAGUAAUGACGCUGCAGCGGAUGGGAUUUUAUCCGGAUACGAUUUUAUCUCCCAGGAGACUUUGGCUGACGGUGAAGCUCUCCUUUUAGGUGAAGAUGUGUUGGAGGGGAUCCCUUACGAACCCUUAGCAAAUGCGACUCCCAAUUGGCCAGUGGAGUUGCAACCGAUUCAACAAUCUCUUCCUCCACCUCCGCAGUUAUCGACUCAGCAGAUACCUCAAGUGUCAAAAUCGUCCCUACUGCCACCUGGUGUCAUGGCAACCACUCCACCCAGUGCUUUAACUGCAGAUCAGCCCUCAAGCUCCUCUGCAUCCACAUCCAAGCAGGUGCCUGAUGAUGCCUUCCCAACAUCCUCUCUAAAUAACCAGGGCUUCCGAUCGAUGCCAAUAAUUCCCGGGGCAAUGGUCACCCCCUCCUUUGCUCAAUCAGUCCCAUCAAUGCGGCCACCAGUCGUCUCCACUCCCACAAACCACUCUCUCAAACCACAGACACCGGCUUCCUGUGGUUCUUCCAUGCUUGUGAGCCUUCUUGACGAGGAAAGUUCCCCUCAGAGUUUACCUCCACCUCCCCAUGUGGGUUCAUCGGCAAUACCGUCAAAUCGUAUCAUCUCCUCUCCCGUGGCAGCAGCUAUCCAGCAGCAGAAUCUUUCCUCUGCCUCCCCUCUCCCAAAUAGCAACCAUUCCGCACACACACCCCCUGUCUAUCUCAAAUCCUCAGGCAGCAGUUCUGACGUUCUCAACCAUCUUCUCACCUCCUCUGCUUCGAAUAAUAGCAGUAGUAGCAUUAUGAAUGCAGGCAGCAGUAGCGGUGCAACUGUGAAUCCCAACCAACCACUACAAGCAGCGGGAGCAGCAGCAGCUAUCAAACCACUCUCAAUCACUCCUUCAGACCCCUCUUCGAGAAAGGGUCGAAGGAGACGCGCGGAACAGCCACUGGCAGCGUCUUUCAUCUCAGCUCUUCCCACGCGUGCUACUGCAAUUGAGAAUAUGAAACAGUCUUCGGUUAAAGCAACGACGAUCUCCUCUUCGAAACCACCACCCCCGACAAAUGCUCCUCCUGUUGCUAAGGUGUCUGUCUAUGAUUUUGAGGAUUGUCCUCCUGCCUCGACUUCGUCAACGACAAGUGCAACCCCUCUUCAUCCUCUACCGUCACAAUCUUCACAUAUUCCUCCUCCUCCUCCACCACCCUCUCAACCGAAACCUCAACCGUAUGUUUUUAAUGAGGUGAUUACAACAUCAGAACGUACUACAGAGAUGAAAUCGGAUCUCAAAUUUGUGAUCAAGACAAAUAGAGCGGGUUCGGCAGGAGGCAAUCCUGUGUUGGAGAAGGCUUCUUCGCUUCCGAAACCACGGAUUAAAACGGUGGAAUCGAAGCCUGUUGCCUACUUAAAACAAAUGCGGCAGCACCUACCAACCACAUCAGCCACUCCACAACCCCCCAAAAAAGAGCGAAAGAAACGAAUUUCCUCGAAGUCUAAGGAAGCAAUCUCAAUGCCAUCAUCAUCAUCAUCAUCAUCAUCAUCACAACCAUCUCUCGUGAUGUCCAUCUCCUCUCCGAAAGUCCUUGCCACCAACGCAGUUCCUGUAACUCAAUCAUCACCAAAGAAACACGGGCUGAUAAAGAAUAAGACGGGGAAGAAAAAAACCCUGUCAACAAGUAGUGGCGCUUCUGAACCAAAGCGGCACAGACUUAUGUUGCUAGAGGAGUCACAACAACCCCUUGAACUCUCAGGUUCACUAGGAGGUGGCAAUGGAACAAAUCGAUUGAUAAAAGGCUAUAAGAUUCCUAAGGUGAGAAAGUUAUCUACAACAUCUAAUACAAAUCCUUCACCUUCCAUGAAUAAUAGCCAAGAGGAUCCAAAUGCGAAUCAAACUGUACCACAGGCUACAGCUGCUUCAGCAUCAAGUGCUAUCUCAUCCUCCUCAUCUACAACCAAAGCACCACAGAAAUCACUGCAGUUUAUUGUGGAGAAUCUAAGGGAGAAGAGAGCCGUGGAACAGUCACAGACACAACAAAUACCGAUUUCUGGGAGUUCUGCCUCGAUGAAUGCUUAUUCCGCUGGUGAUGGAACUAACUCGGCUGAUGAUACCCUGCCUUUGGUGGACUCGAGUGAAAAUCUGUUUGAGAAGUUUAGCACUACGGCUACCCCAAAUAAACCUAGUGUUGGAGGUGGCGGAAGUAGUAGCAGUACAUCCUCCUCAACUAAAAGGCUCAAAUCCACACCUCCUAACCUUUCGGGUUAUGAUCUGAAAGACCCUCGAAUCGCCACACUGGAGGACUCUUCUGGUGAACAUGGCGUUCUCGUACCCGAUGCUCAUCCAGGCAAAGAACCCGAAGACAACGCAGUUGAUGCUGUUUUAGCUCUUGACACGCACUCUGAUUCCCAAACACCGCCUGCUAGUAUGGAUGUGGAGCCAGUCAAUUCUAGUGAUUUGAUCAAAGCCCCUACCGACACUCCAGAUUCACCAACCGAGUCUGUGACUAACAAGGCAUUUGUGGCUUCGAGCAAAAUCAUCCCAGUGACUCAGGAGUCUAUCGCUCAACCUUCAUCACAACCCACUCCCCUCCCCACCACCGGUCCUUUCUAUCACAAGUCCCUUCCUGGUCCUGGUCGGCCGGGUUCAAGCUCCACUCGGGGUGGCGGUAUGCCAAGGGGCACCGGGUAA